AUGAGAGUGGAAGAAGGAGGAGAAUAUCUGUCAUUCAGAAGAAGGCAAGUUGGAUAUUCGGAGGAAAGAGAACGAUUCAGGAAAUGUCAAAUAAAAGAAGUUUUCAUGAAAUUUUCAAGCGGCAUUGCAAUCAAAAUACACGAACUGGAUGAUGGUAAUGAAGAUGAAGAUGCUCUUCGGAAGGUUUGCAUUCUCUUAGUACCAGUUUUAGCCCAGACGAUGAUUGCCUAG